AUGCAAGUCGCAGAGAUCCUCUCAGAUAUCAAUUCUCUCCGCGUCUGCGGUCAUAACGAGGCCCUGGCACUGGUAGAUGUGCACAAAAAUGGCACAGCCUCGGGUUCAACCAAGUCCGGUAGCGCAUUGGCAGAUCAGAGCCCGGCAGACGACAAGGCCGAUCUUCGUCGUGCAAAGGAGCUGGUUGAGCUACACUAUGAGGUGAAGGCAAGACAUGCCAAUGGAACUGUUGAUGAGGGGCUGAGGCAAGCUCGGCAAGAUGUCCGGCGAGUUCUGACGGAGCUGUCGACUAUCUAG